CGGAGGCUGUUUGUGGCCUGGGGUCUGAUUCACGCUGACCAGACCGACAAGGCUGGGCUAUACACCAGACACCAAUGGGCUCAUUUGCUUUGGCAGGUGUCAUCCAGAGGCUACAACAAAUGCCUGCCUUCCUGGCGGGACCCUACCUGGGAAAGUGAAUUACAGGGUCAUCUGCAGGUGGCUGGGGAGCCAGGCUCCCAGACAGCACCAUGUGGAUGGUGGCGGGGUCACCCCAGGCUGCUCUGGGGCACCCUUGUUAGUGAUCGCUACUCAUCCCCCCAGAGAUGUAGUAUCAGUUAGUUGCCAGUGGGCCACACAGACCAACUCUGACCAGUCAUCCUUCACUGAGGGUGACCCAGGUAGGCAGGGCGGGGGUGUGUGUGGUAAGUGUACCACUUAAAUGCCCUCUGAGUUUGGCAUCAACUGAAAAAUAAGACCACGAGUCAGACAAGUGGAGACCAAGAUAUCAGCUCCAGGGCUAAUAAAGGUGUUUAGAGAAUGUGGCUAAUAGGAUUCCCAGUGGAUCCCUUUGCUGAGUCCACAGACCCACCUCUGUCUGGGACCCAGCUGGCUGCAGUCUUCCUCACGGGACAGGCCUCUUCCCUCUGGCGAGGCGGCCCUGGAAACAGAGGGAAGGAUGGGGCUGGGCCCCUCGGCUCAGUUCCCUCUCUCAUUCCCACCAAUCAGAUACUCAGCUUCCCCCCACAGCCACACCGUGAGAAGGUCCGGGAAGGAGAGACCGCCAGUGUCCUCCCUGUGGCUAUCCCCGUGGCAACACGAAACAGAAACUAAAUGAAGGCUUGAGCGUGUGUUGUGGGUCUCAGCAGAAGUUCUCUUGCACAGGUAGGGGUGGGAAUGCUGUCAUAGAGGAAGGAGAAUCACCUGGGCCUUGAAAAAUUAGUUCUGAUGGCCAGAGACUGGACCUUCAGCUUGAGGGGACAGCAUGGAAAGGGCACGGCAAAAUGAGAAUGCUCUCCUGUGGCUGGAGUGUCAGGAACUCAGAAGGAUGUGGUUGGAAGGGACCAGGCUUGGUGAGGUAGUACAGAGUGGUUAAGAACAUGACCUUGGGGUCAGACUGCCUGGGUUCAGAUGCCACCUCUGCUGCUCCCUGGAUGUGUGGUUUGACCAGCUUAACCUCUCGAAGCUUCAGUUUCCUCGUCUGUAAAAUGUGGACAGUAAUGGUUAUGACUCUUGAGAUAUGAGAUGCGUAUAAAUGCUUAACUCAAAGCAGAGUGAGUGCUUUAUACAUGACAGCCGUUAUUAUUACUGUCACAUGUCCAGGAUAAUUUGUGGUUAGCCUUGGAUGCCAGACUCCUGAGUUUGGACUGCUGUGGGAGAGGCCGGGUACCGUUCAGGUGAGAGGAGGCCCUCCAAUACCUAGUUCUGGACACCUGAACCCAUGCUGGGCCAGCUGGAGUGGGAAGGUUGAGAUGGAGAAGCACGUCCCUGCACAGAGUGAUGCCCAGGGAUGUGGCCGCUGUUUGAAGGAGAGGGAGGGGGCAGGGAAGAGUCCCAGGGCAGUGCAGGGUGUACAGUUCCAGGAGGCUAGGAGCUUCCAAGCGAGGGCAGGGCCAUGCUGAGAGUUUCUGAACAUGCAGAAUCUCAGGGGCUGCUAAGACGUAGCCAUAAAGCUGAUGCGUAUUUGGGUGUUUGGGUCUGGAGUUUACAGGAGCGAUCUAGCGUUAUGAGUCAUAACCAUGGAAAUGAAGUAUGGAUUAUCCAGGGAGAGACUGUAGAAGGAAACCAGAAUCGGCCCCGGGGCAGUGAGUGGAGCUGAGAUAUAGGACAUUUAGUGAAGGAAGGACCCAGAGAGCACUUUGUCCCAAAUGCCAGAAGAGGAGAGUCUCGGGUUUGCCAAGGAAAGUGAUCCCAGCUGACACUGACUGAUUGCCGGUCUCAUGUUACCUUCACAGCCGCUCUUGAGGAAGUACUUUUAUUAUUCUCAUCUUAUAGAUGAGGGAGCGGAGGCGCUGAGGGUGAGCGUCCUGCCUUAGGACACGUGCAUGGCGAGUGAGAGUCUGCAGCAGGGAUUCUGAACCCAGGCGGUCCGGUUCUCCAGCUUGUGCUUUAACCUCACCCUGCACGUACCGCCUCUCAAGAAAAUAACCAAAGUAGCUCGAUGGACGAGAGAGCACAUCAGGCAAUAAGUGGAAAUCUCAUAGCGGUGGGCGUCGGAGAGAACGGGAGUGAGAAGGAGGAGACUAAGCAGGCAAAAGGACUCAUGGCUUCUGAUGCGAGUCACGUGCUGGAAGCUGCCCUGGAGCAGAUGGACGGGAUCAUUGCAGGCACUAACACGGGGGGAGAUACUAGCGAUGGUGCCUGUGAGCCUGGACUGGCCUCCGCGGCUUCCUACAUGAACCCCUUCCCGUUGCUCCGUCUCGUCGAGGACUUGAGGCUGGCCCUGGAGACGCUGGAGCAUUCUCAGGAGAGAGCAGCCCUCCUGAGCCAGAUCCCCGGCCCCACAGCUGCCUACCUAAAGGAGUGGUUCGAGGAGAGCUUGUCCCAGGUAAAUCACCACAGUGCUGCUAGUAAUGAAACGUACCAGGAACGCUUAGCACGUCUAGAAGGAGAUAAGGAGUCCCUCAUAUUACAGGUGAGCGUCCUCACAGACCAAGUGGAAGCCCAAGGAGAGAAGAUUCGGGACCUGGAAGUGUGUCUGGAAGGACACCAGGUGAAACUCAAUGCUGCUGAAGAGAUGCUUCAACAGGAGCUGCUAAGUCGUACAUCUCUUGAGACUCAGAAGCUCGAUCUGAUGACUGAAGUGUCUGAGCUGAAGCUCAAGCUGGUGGGCAUGGAGAAGGAGCAGAGAGAGCAGGAAGAGAAGCAGAAAAAAGCAGAGGAGUUACUGCAGGAGCUCCGGCACCUCAAAAUCAAGGUGGAAGAGCUGGAAAAUGAACGGAACCAGUAUGAAUGGAAACUGAAGGCCACCAAGGCUGAGGUAGCCCAGCUGCAAGAGCAGGUAGCCCUGAAGGAUGCAGAAAUUGAGCGUCUGCACAGUCAGCUCUCCCGGACUGCAGCUCUGCACAAUGACCAUGCAGAGAAAGACCAAGAAAUCCAACGUCUGAAAAUGGGGAUGGAAACUUUGCUUGUUGCCAAUGAAGAUAAGGACCGUCGGAUAGAGGAGCUUACUGGGCUGUUAAACCAGUACCGAAGGGUGAAGGAGAUCGUGAUGGCGACUCAAGGGCCUUCAGAAAGAACUCUCUCAAUCAAUGAGGAAGAACUGGAGGGAGGUUUCAGAAACUGGAACACUGCAAAUAAAGGCCCUGAAGAACUUUUUAAACCAGAGGUAUCUCCAAGAGGUAGCUCUCCCACGGCGGGACCACCCCCGCUACCGCAGAAAUCACUGGAAACCAGGGCUCAGAAAAAACUCUCCUGUAGUCUCGAAGACCUGAGAAGUGAAUCCGUGGAUAAGUGCGUCGGUGGGAACCAGCUGUCCCCAGUGGUAGAACCCAAGGACGGCCCUUUCCUGGUGGAGCACAAGUACCCCACGUUACCUGGGAAGCUUUCAGGAGCCACGCCCAACGGAGAGGCUGCCGGAUCUUCUCCCACGGCCUCCCCACAUGACCCUGCGGGGAGCGGCCUGCUGAGGCUGAGAGACACAGAAAGUGGUUGGGAUGACACUGCUGUGGUCAAUGACCUCUCACCCACGUCCUCGGGCACCGAGUCCAGCCCCCAGUCUCCCCUGACACCAGAUGGUAAACGGAGCCCCAAAGGCAUCAAGAAAUUCUGGGGAAAAAUCCGAAGAACUCAGUCAGGAAAUUUCAACACCGAUGCCCCAGGGGUGGCCGAGUUUCGACGAGGUGGAUUCCGGGCAACUGCAGGGCCAAGACUCUCUAGAACCAGAGACCCCAAGGGUCAGAAAAGUGAUGCCAACGGCCCCUUCGCCCAGUGGAGCACAGAGCGUGUGUGUGCAUGGCUGGAGGACUUUGGCCUGGCUCAGUACGUGAUCUUUGCCAGGCAGUGGGUGACUUCUGGCCACACGUUACUGACAGCUACCCCUCAGGACAUGGAAAAGGAGCUGGGAAUUAAGCACCCUCUUCAUAGGAAAAAGCUGAUUUUAGCAGUGAAAGCUAUCAACACCAAGCAGGAGGAGAAAUCUGCACUACUGGACCACAUCUGGGUGACACGUUGGCUUGAUGAUAUUGGCUUACCCCAGUACAAAGACCAGUUUCACGAAUCCAGAGUCGACGGGCGAAUGCUGCAGUACCUGACUGUGAAUGAUCUACUUUUCCUAAAAGUCACCAGCCAACUACAUCAUCUCAGCAUCAAAUGUGCCAUUCACGUGCUGCAUGUCAACAAGUUCAACCCUCACUGCCUGCACCGGCGGCCAGCUAAUGAGAGUAACCUUUCUCCUUCAGAAGUUGUGCAGUGGUCCAACCACAGGGUGAUGGAAUGGUUGCGGUCCGUGGACCUGGCGGAAUAUGCGCCCAACCUUCGUGGGAGUGGUGUCCACGGAGGUCUCAUUAUCCUGGAGCCACGCUUCACUGGGGACACGCUGGCCAUGCUUCUCAAUAUCCCCCCACAAAAGACACUCCUCAGGCGUCACCUGACCACCAAAUUCAACGCCUUGAUUGGCCCUGAGGCUGAGCAGGAGAAGCGAGAGAAAAUGACUUUACCUGCUUACACGCCGCUGACCACCACAGCCAAAGUCCGGCCAAGGAAACUGGGAUUUUCACAUUUUGGAAACAUAAGAAAAAAGAAGUUCGAUGAAUCGACAGACUACAUUUGCCCAGUGGAGCCCAGCAACGGUGUCGGUGACAGUCACAGGGUCUGUAUUGGCUACCAGGGCCUCAGCCCCCUCGAUGCCCCCGAACUGGACGGACUGGACCAGGUGGGACAGAUUAGCUGAUGCCUUUGUCACCUGUACUGUCUGUGUGUGCCGAGAGCUCACAGUAGCUCCACGUGUGUCACCAUGUAACUGCACCUCACCCCCUGUGUCUGUGCAUGACUUGCAGAAAACCUUCCAGCCCUUGUGUACCCGUGGGCCAGUCUUUCUCCAAAUCCUGAGGGUGGCCAGGUAUGGCGCUGCACAUUUGCUAAGGGGCCAGCCUUGGGGACUCAGGAGGAAAGACAUAGAGAUGCUUGUAGGUUUUCAGUAAGUCUGAAUGUCCACCUUCAGCACCAGUGGCAAUACCUGAGCUUGGACACAGGUCCGGAGACCACGGACAGUCCCGAGGCUGAGCUCUCGGGCCCCUCGGCUGUGCCCCCGUUGAGGGCAAUCCCAAGUGCCUUAGGCCUGUGACCACAGUUUGGGCUGGGGCUGAAGGGACAGCAGCAGGGACUUCUGCCCCAGUGACAGUGGAACUGUUGCGCCUUCCUUCGGAGGCGGUCGCUUCUUUCUGGUAAUAAAACCUAUAUUUAUGUAGAAAACAAA